AUGGCAUCUCAAAUCGUACCGAAGACCUGCAAGGUCAUCCUGGCAGACACAAUUGCCAAAGGCCUGUUGGCUGAAGUGAAAGAAACCCUGAAGACGGUUCAGCAAGACACUGAAGGGAAACCGACCCUAGCAGCCUUCCUGGCCAAUGGAGAUCCAGCGGCUGCCAAGUAUGCUGAGUGGUCAAAGAAGACCUGCGAAGAGAAUGGAUUCAACUUUGAUCUGCGUCAGAUGGACAAAGAGCAACUGGAGGAAGAGAUCAUGGCCGCCAACGAAGACAGCAAAGUCGAUGGCAUCAUUGUCUACUACCCGAUAUUCCCUGGGAACCCAGCCCAUGACAAGUACAUCCAAGAAACUGUCUCACUUCUUCGAGAUGUGGAGGGUCUUUGCCACAAGCAUAUCUACAACAUGUAUCACAAUGUUAGAUUCCUUGAUCCUCCGCACAACCAGAAGAAGUCGCUUCUUCCCUGCACACCAUUGGCAGUAGUCAAGAUCCUCGAGUACCUUCAGAUAUACAACUCAAUUCUGCCUUCUGGUAACCGACUUUUUGGAAAGACUAUCACCGUCAUCAACCGCUCUGAGGUAAACGGCCGGCCGUUAGCUGCUUUGUUGGCCAACGACGGAGCUACGGUAUACUCAGUCGACUUGACUGGUGUCCAAAUCUUCACUCGAGGUCAGGGUAUAAAACAACCUCGCCACCAAGUCCAGGACAAGGAAGGUUGGGGUCUGGAGCAGUGUCUUCCCAUCAGUGACGUUGUUAUCGGCGGUGUUCCAUCGGAAAAGUUCAAGGUUCCAACUGAGCUUAUCCGGGAUGGGGCAGUAUGCAUCAACUUCUCCUCGUAUAAGAACUUUGAUGGUCCUGCAGUCAAGGAGAAGGCAUCGAUCUACGUACCUUCGGUAGGAAAAGUGACGAUAGCUGUGCUCCUACGGAACCUGGUCCGACUCAUUGCCAACCGCCCAUCGAUGAAUCCAGAUGGUACUGUCGAUGAAGCACAGGUGAAAGCAAAAAGUGAAGCAUUUAUGGACGGUUGA